AACCGAACCAAAUAGCUAGCCAGGCAAUAUUAGAAUUGGACUUGUUCUAUUCUCAUAUUUUUUGUCUUGUGUUAAAGAAAUGAAAAAUUCAGAAUUCUAAGGUUAAAUAUCUAGAAAAUAUUUACUCAGACUUGAAUAUUCUUCAAAGAAAGUGUGGAGCCAUCUGAGGGAGAAAGAUCACAGGAAAAUAAAAGCCAUGUUUUCUUCAGGACUCCUCCUUUUGGCUGCUUUGAUCUCACCUGUGCUGGCGGGGCAGUGGGCUAAUCUAUGUGCUGGCAGGUCUUCCAAUGGGAUCAGAACGCGUGACGGCUAUGGCCAGGGCCAUUACGGUGCUUCGAGAGGCAGUAGGCCGCACCAGGGAGUAGACGUCUUGUGCUCUGAUGGAUCUACUGUGUAUGCACCUUUCAGUGGAAGGAUUGUGCGCCAGGCGAAACCUUAUAGAAAAAAUAAUGCCAUCAAUGAUGGUGUUCAGAUAUCUGGAGGAGGUUUCUGUGUUAAAAUGUUCUACAUUAAGCCAAUUAGAUAUAGCGGUAAUAUCAACAAGGGAGACGAACUGGGAAUUCUGUUGCCCAUGCAGAGAGUUUAUCCUGGCAUACAAUCCCACCUACACAUUGAAAACUGUGACAAGAGUAACCCCACCAAGUACCUAUAAAUGGAAGACAGAUGACUAGACCAUCAAGAUAGAAAGGCAUCUUCCUAAAACCUGAAUGAAUAUCCUGCUUUCCAAGAAAAAUUUAUGUUCAAAUAGAAACAUGAUAAGUGCAAGGAAGAAAACCAUAUUUUGAUUUCAACUCACUGCCACUUUCAUGUUUUUUUAAUGUCAACUAAUUUCUCAUGGCUCUCCAAACUUUUGGUAACCUAUACCUGGGGUGGUGGCUUUUUCUCUCUUACUAUUUCUUAGUCCUAAAUACGUAGAAUAAAUAAAUAUGUAUAUUCAAGUUA